AUUUUUGUGAUGCUACAGUCCUGACUAUAGAUGGUUGAAAAAGAAGGUUAUCUUCAAAAAGCUAAAAUUGCAGAUGGAGGAAAGAAACUAAGGAAAAACUGGUCUACUUCCUGGAUUGUUCUUUCUAGUAGAAAAAUUGAAUUUUACAGAGAACCCAAACAACAGGCUCUGUCCAAUACGAAAACUGGGCACAAAGCAGAAAGUGUGGAUUUGUAUGGGGCACAUAUAGAAUGGGCCAAGGAAAAAUCAAGCAGAAAGAAUGUCUUUCAGUCAAAAGCUUAUCAAACUAUUAAUGUGGAUUCAGAGAUGGGCAGAGGCCUGAGUCCAGGGAAAAAUGAAAUUGAUAGACUGUCUGGCUGGUUUGAGGGCAUGGGAAGCUGUAUUACAAGGCAUUUGACGUUAUUGUUGCAGAUAUGUGAACCCUCACCCACGGGUUCUAGGAAAAGAACAAGUUGA